GCAGGUAGAAAUUAUACUCGUGUUAGGUUAUUGCAGUACAGUGUAGAUUGGUAUUUUGUUGGUAAAUAAAAGCACACAGUGAAGGAGAGAAAUCGAAAGAUGAUGAUGAAGAAGAGAUUGAUGAGUGCUUUGGGUCCAUUGAAAUCUCAGUUACUGCUGGAACGUUCAUCAGGUAAUUUCACCUGCUGCUUUCAUUUUCAUUCACUCUCUCGCUUCUCCACCAAACCUAACCCUAAUUAUUUCCCUUAUUCCUCCAAUUCAACUCAUGCUCGACUUCAACGUUUACUCCUUGAGAAAUCUAAGCUCGGUUUUGAUAAACUUGAUGAUGCUCUUCAAGUGUUUGAUCAAAUGCUCCUGAUCAAACCUCUGCUACCUGUUAUCAACUUCGCUCAACUAUUAGCUGCCCUUGUUAAAAUGAAAGAGUACUCUGUAGCUGUGUCUCUCUUUAGGGAUAUGCGUGUAAAUAGCAUCCCUGUUAAUAUAGUUACCAUAAAUACUAUCAUCAACUGUUUUUGUCAUUUGAAUCGUGUCGAUUUUGCCUUUUCAUUACUGGCUGGAAUCAUCAAGCACGGAUUUGUGCCAAGUGUGGUUACUUAUACCACUCUCAUCAGGGGCCUUAUUUCGCAAGAUAUGCUUCAAGAGGCUCAGCUUUUGUUUCAGAACCUCAUCAGAUUUGAACUUAUUCAACCCAAUGUUGUUACCUAUAACACAAUUAUUCACGGCAUCUGCAAGAGAGGGAAUCCUUCUGUGGCUGUUAAGUUGUUCAAGAAUAUGGUGAAGCAAGGUUGCAAGCCUAAUACUGUAACUUACACCACACUCAUAAACUGUUUAUGUAAAUAUAGGUUAGUCGAUCAAGCAUUGGGUCUUCUCCAUCAAAUGACAAUGAAAGGCAUAUCCCCAAAUGUUAUAACCUACAACUCAUUAAUUCAAGGUCUGUGUGACUUUAAUCGAUGGCAUGAUGUCAAACAAUUGCUCAAGGAGAUGGAUGUUAGGAACAUGUCUCAAGAUGUUUUUACUUACAAUAUAUUGAUUGAUGCGUAUUGCAAAGAAGGAAUGAUUGAAGAUGCAGAGGAUGUGAUAGAGUUGAUGAAUCAAAGAGGCCAUCAUCCUGAUGUAGUCACUUACAGCUCACUCAUGGAUGGAUACUGCUUGCGGGGAGAGGUUGAUGAAGCAUUGGCUGUGUUCGAAAGCAUGACGAGAAAGGGAAUAUUGCCUAAUACUCAUAGCUAUAAUAUCCUGAUCAACGGAUAUUGUAAGAAGAUGAAAGUGGACAGAGCAAUAGAUCUUUUUCAACAAAUGCCCUCUGAAGGUUUAACCCCAACUAUUGAGACUUACAAUACUAUAUUGCAAGGUUUUUUUCAUGCUGGAAGACAUGUUGAAGCACGUAAAUUUUUUAAGGAAAAGAUGAUGCUGAAAGAAGGUCUUCAGUUGGAUAAAGUGACUUGCGCUAUUAUAUUGCAUGGUCUUUGCAGGAACUGUUAUGUUCGGGAAGCACUGUCCUUUUUUCAAAUGAUGGAAUGCAAUGGGUUAGUUCCCGAUAUACGUAUUUACACCAUUCUGAUCAAUGGAUUAUGCAAAAACGGACAACUUGAAGCAGCAAGAACUCUUUUUAACAACCUUCCUGCGAAAGGUUUGCGACCUGAUGUCAAGACAUACACAAUGAUGAUCCAAGCAUAUUUUCAUGGAGGGUUAUUGGAUGAAGCGAAUGAACUAUUGAGGGAAAUGGAAGCCAAUGAUUGCUUGCCUAAUGAUGUCACAUACAACAUGCUUAUCCGUGGUUGUUUACACAAUAAGAAGUACUAUGAAGCAGGUGUAUUCCUAGAUGAAAUGCUUGGUCGCUGCUUUGCAGCAGAUGCAUCUACAGCAUCUGCAUUACUGGACUUAUUUGAAGUGCAAGAACCGGAUCCUUCUCUCCUUGCCUUGCGUGAUAAGUACUCUCCAUAGGUCUGUGAAAGGAUGAGAGUGCCCAGAUACAUUACACCGUUUUUGGAAAAAGGAGCAUGAUUGGGGUUGGAAUUGAUGCUGGCACUCUCAUAAUCAAUUUCCAAGUGCAAGUCAUUAGUUUAUUUGACUGAAAAAUCCCUACUUUCCAGAAUGGAUAUACUUCAAAAGAACAUUCUGUAUGGUCAAAAUCAGCUGGUCAACUAUGGCAAAGGCAAGCUCAAAAGGAUUUGAACUUAUGUGACUGAAAAAGUCUGCCUGAGCGCUUGGAGUGGUAAACAGACACAUUACACCGGUUUUGGGAAAAGGAGCACGACUGGGGUUGGAAUUGACGCUGACACUCUCAAAAUCAAAGCUUAAGUCCAAGUCAUUAGUUUAUGUCAUAUCAGACUCGGCAGACAAGUUUGUCCUCGGCAGACAGGCAUAUUCUUCUUUGCACGCAUAUCGUUCAGGAACAAUAAUUAUAUCUCAUCUGUUGGCUUGUCAUUCACGUAGGCAGUUGAUAAAUUUUCAAGAGCACGACCACCGAAUAUAUACAAAUUGGACUACAUAGAUGAUCUAUACAACUUCGAUCAGGAAAGGAAGCCUCAAUCUCUUGUUUGCCCCCAAACUCCAGAGUGGAGAACUUUUUUAACCAGGAGGAUAAUGGAGCUACUCAUUUGCAAGCAUGUACUGUGUUUUCAUCUUCCGAAGUAAAUAUUUUUUAGAUGAGAGGUGUGUUUGAUUUGCGAUUGGUGGAAAUAUUGUACUAGUAGCUAUAUCUAUUUAGUUGUUUAGAACCAACUAUAAGAAACAAUUAUGUAGGAGUUAUCUCUUUUAAGCAUAUCUUUAUUUAAGUUACAAUUAUCUA